AGAAGAAAGAGGCAACACAGAUGACUGGAGAAAGUUGGACCUAACGGCAGCAACUAGCAUCACUGGACUCACACUUCAAGAAUUAAGACAGAGUCAAGGAAGAGAACUGGGGAUGUGAUAAAGAUACCAGACCCAAGCGAGCAGAAGUCAACUUCCUACCAAACUUUCCUCAAGGAAAGGAUCCUUCAGGCCUUGACCAGUUGAGGCAAGCAAUUGUUGAAGAAGUCAAGAAGGCUGAGAAGAACCUGCCCCUCAUUAGAAAGUUGAUGGAGACCACAUUUCCCCUGCGCAGACAAACCAUAGUGAUGUCCUGCCCACCAGUGAAGGAGCUCUUGGACCCCUGGCCUGCUCUAAAAAUGGAGUCUGAGUUGUAUGCAGAGUUUCAGCGGAUUACAAAUCAGAACCUGCCCAAUACAUUCUAUGCUGAACUUGGCCGCCAUCAUCCUCGACUGAUGACCUUAUUCAGACAGAAGGCAUCAAAAACUGGGAAGACAGCAGAUGCCCUGGCUGAAAUUCUAAGAAUUCACGAUGAACAGGACAUCCAUGAUAUCCACACCAAGCGCACUACCAUUCUCCACGCCCUUCCUGUCUAUCUGUGUGAGGAUGUCUCUGGAUUUUUCAGAACCUGCACUGACGAAUCUGAUGAGUUGGAGCUUGAUGGUGUUGAAGUGGCCCUCUUCACUGUCAUCAGUGACCAUGACACGACAAGUCCAGUUCACUACCAACCUGUGAAAACCUCUGUCGUCAUUGAAAGUGAUGCCGUGGUCAGUCUCCCCAGAUUUGGUGAAGCCUUCCUGGUAAUGUUUGGACUGAUCUAUGCACUUCACCUCAGCUACCCCAAAGCCCUGACCAACACUUUAGAAUUUACUCAAUAGAUUUUACUUGGUCUAGAAAGGGGUAAACUGUCACCCAGGUUACAGACCCUCAAGAAUGACUUGGUUAUGUAGGAACUCAUCUGAAAGAAGGAUGAAGGGUAAAGCAUUAUAAAAGGCUAGUUCAAAGUUCUCUCCUUUUAUCUAAAUAAUGCCUCAAAACAAAUAGCAUUGUAAUUCACUCAAAUUGCUGCCCUGUUGCCUUAUUCAGAUAUUAGCCAGAGAGCCAAAAGCACAUUUUGAUAUUAUUUAUUAUUAUUUGGUAUUAUUUUUUAUCACUCUGACAGUUUUCCUGACUAAACAAUUUUUGGUCUACUUAUUUUAAUUUAUAAAUGUUUCUGUAAAUUAUUUUUAAUUUAUUUAAUUAAAAAAAUGUAUUUAAUUUCAACAUAAUGUGAUAAAAGGAAGCAGGCAAGAUACUGUUCAAUGGCAGAUGUUUAUGACUUUUGCAUGUUGAGUUACCGAUACUCAUUUUAAUUGAGGCAAUCAAUUGCCUCAAAAAUUUUAAGUUUUGGGUCACAUGUUUUUAAGU